AUGGACUUCAAGAUAUUAGUACUGCUUGUAGCGUCUACCACAAGAUGUGUCUGUGUGUUCAUAUCCAAUCCUACCAGCAACGCUACAGAAAGACAUCGCCUUUACACAGAACUUUUCGUUAAUCAGGGCUACAACUCAAAGAUUCCACCAUUCCAAUAUGUAUAUCGCCCUUUUGAUGUAAACAUCUCUUUCUAUCUUGAAACGAUUAUUGACUUAGAUGAGAUAACAGAAACAUUGAAGACAACAUCCUAUAUGGCCAUACAAUGGAACGAUACACACUUGCAAUGGAAUGCUUCUGAAUACAACAACCUAGAGUUUACAUAUUGGCCACAGAACGAUAUUUGGAAGCCAGAUAUAGUUCUAGCCAAUUCUGUUAAAUCAUAUGAAAGUCUUGGAGAUGAAACUAUUCUGGUGGAAAGUUUUGAUGACGGUUUGAUUGCGUGGUACCCUCAUGAGGUGUUUGAAACGUCGUGUGACAUAGACAUGACUUAUUACCCAUAUGAUGUACAAACUUGUGAAAUACAGUUUAUGUCCUGGAGCUAUGCUAAAAUUAAACUGACCGCAUACCCAGAGUUAGUACUGGAAAGCGAUUACGAACCCAACCCUAAAUGGGAUAUCCUAGAAACAAGUGCAUACCAUUCAACAAAAUUGAACGUGGAUGUCCUAAUUUAUAAAUUAAAGUUGAAACGGAAACCCCAGCACGCCCUUUUGACAUUAUUUCUUCCAGUUCUGUUGGUAAACAUGUUAGGACUUUUCGUGUUUGCAAUACCAAACGGUGGUAACAGAUCAGGGUACGCGGUUACAGUAUUCCUGGCUUUCUCCUUCUACUUGACAAUUGUAGAUUCUGUCAUGCCUUCGCAUUCCGAGAAGAUACCACUGUUUUCGAUAUAUUUGGUUGUUCAAACUGUCCAGUCAACAAUCAUCACAAUUUUAUCUGUCCUUUUAACGAAAGCAGAAUUAAUGGACAAGGACACGGCAGUUCCACGUCUUCUUGUGUUUCUCGUUCAAAUUAGCAAAGUAUUCUGUAAGAAAAAUACCAAAUCUAACAAGGUCUAUACAGCUGAAAGCAUUGAGACAGAAGCAACUUCAACUUCGGAUAACAAGACCGAUAACAAUAUGGAAGCCAAAAAUGUCACGGAAACAAAACAAAUUACUUGGGACAUGGUUGUCGACGCCGUUGAUAAAAUAGCAGCAAUAUUCUUCACUUUAACUUUUGUUUCUACUUCCGUAUGUUUCUUUUCUGCAAUCAUUCUUUCAAACAAAUGACUGCUUCGUUUAAUGAAACCUACAAAAUGUACAUUUCGUACAAUGAUAUAAACAUUUGAAUAUGAAGUAAGUUUUAU